AUGGGUAUCCUCGAAAAAAUCGCUGAGAUAGAGAGCGAGGUAUACACUUCGAUUUGAUGCCAAAUUUAUCCGUUUUUGGCGCUAAUAUCAGUAAUAAUAAUGUGAAAAUUUUCUGUCGACUUCAGAUGGCGCGAACACAGAAGAACAAGGCGACCGCUCAUCAUCUUGGAUUGUUAAAGGCUCGGCUGGCGAAGUUACGACGCGAGUUGAUCACAGUGUGUGUGUGUGUGUGUGUAACCAUAGGUCAUUUUAUCCUUGGAGACCCAGAGGCAGUUGAUCGUGACAAAAUAUUCAGGGGAGGAAUCUGACUGGGGAAUACCGGGGUUAAGUUAACAAGGCUGUCAACCCCCCAGGUCUUCAAAUAUUGGGAAUUGAUAGGGAAGGGAUCAUAGAUGACGUCAUAAUGCACUACACAUAAUGUCAUUUGUGAAAAAAAAAAAUGUGCAAAAAAGAUGUUGUUGGAAUAAAUAACAUUUGACCUGAUUGAUUUACUUCCCACUAAUCAUGUUAACAUCGUAAGUUUCCUUACAAACUCUGGUAUGCCAUUGUAAUAUAAAUGGCUCAAACAACACAAAAUAUUUGAAAUUUUAUUGUCAGAAAGUCAAAUCUAUAAGAAAUGGCAAUUUUCGGCGAUUAUCCGGGAGAUUUCAGACUCUAAUCUAGAGACCAAGAGAAAUACUUCAAAAACUUGAGUCUCCUGCAUUAUCCAGGAGAGUUGACAGCACUGAGUUAACGAGAAAAAAUGGGAGAGCCUCGUUAUUAAUUAGAAGUCUCCUUCAUCACUCUAACAAAAGGUACAACUUUGGCCUUGAGUCUAGGAUAGCUCUCAUGUGUGUAUUAAUAUGAUGCCAAAUUGAUUAAAAAAGCUGAUUAAAUUGCUUUACUGAUUCUGCAGGAUUUGAUGUUGCCAAAACUGGGGAUGCCAGAAUUGGUUUUGUGGGUAAGUCAGUUAAGAGUCAGUGAAUCAGACCUGAAUUCACAUCUCUAGCUAAGAAGAGGAGAGACCUGAGGUAGCAGUUAUUCAGAUAAAUGGUUUCUUUUAUAGAUCUCGACUUGAUGUUGCUCUAUAGAAAUGACAUUGGGUGAUGCUCACAAAGCAUUUUGUUUUUGAUGCAUUGCCCUCUUUUACUUAAAUAAUAAAUGGGUCAGUUGGUUAAUAGUCAAUCAAUAACAAAUGAAAGACUUGCCUUAAAGAACUGUACUGUGCAAUAUCCUAUUGUCUUGACCUCAUCCUUGGUUGAUAAUGAAUGAAGCUAUUAUUAUACAUCUUUUUCAUUCAUGCAUUCUUCUCUCUCUUUCUCCAACAUUGCAGGAUUUCCUUCUGUUGGCAAGUCAACUUUAUUGACCAACCUUGCGGGUGUGUAUUCUGAAGUUGCUGCCUAUGAGUUCACCACACUCACCACUGUACCAGGGGUGAUAAGGUACAAAGGGGCCAAAAUACAACUUCUUGACUUGCCGGGAAUUAUUGAAGGUGCUAAAGAUGGUAAAGGAAGAGGACGUCAAGUGAUUGCAGGUGAGCAAAUCAAGAGGCUUUUUCAAGGAAACUGAGGAAAGAUUUUAGAAUUUGUUAGCACCCCCCCCCCCAAAAAAAAAAUAAUAUAUAUAUAUUUUUUAUUGAUGUAUGGCUUUUAUGUUCCUUUACAUGCUUACACAUUCACACAUGCCUUAUCUAAACUGAACCUGUAAAACACUGUAGAAUUUAUAGCACAUUGUUGUAGUGUUUAGUUUACUACAUUUCUGAUGAAGUGAAGGGUUACACUAAUGUCAGAAAGCCAAUAUGUUGGUUGACAAAAAAGUACCUGUAAAUUUUUUUUCCCCUCCCUCCCUCCCUUCCCUCCCACCCGCCAGAUAUGUAGAUUAUGCCUGGCACAAAAGUUUCCUUUCUCUAGGCUGCACACUACUUAAACUUUUUUUUAUUAUUUGAGUGUGAAGUUUAUUGUUUAAAUUUCAGUUGCAAGGACUUGCAGCUUAAUCUUCAUAGUACUCGAUGUCCUAAAACCUCUGGGACACAAACGACUCAUUGAACAUGAACUGGAAGGCUUUGGAAUAAGGUACAUUCUCAGCAUAACAUAAUCAAAAUUUAAAGUACUUGUACUAUGAAUGUUUUAAACAUCAUCAUUUCAAGUUAACUACUGUAUUCUUCUAGGAAUUGUUUUCAAUGUACAUAAUAUAUUAUGAUUAGAUAGUUAGAUACCUGUAAAUUACAUGUAGCAAUAUUUUUUUGUUAUAUUGGCUAAUGCUCAAACUUUUUCUCAGAGAGAAAAAGGUGUUCCUGUGUCUUAGCUAUAAGUCUGUUUUUUUUUUCUUGAUUCACAUGACACUUUGUAGCAUUGAAUCAAUUGAUUUUUCUCUUAUCAGGCUCAAUAAGGAACCACCAAAUAUAACAUUCAGAAGGAAGGAAAAGGGUGGAAUAAAUCUUCAAACUACAGUAAGUGCAUGUAAGAUAAUGAGGAUUGAGUAUCUACCAGUAACUGAAAGGUUGUGAAUAUGGUAGUUUAUAAUGUCUUCAUGUCUGUAUAAAAAAAUACAGUGGAAAGUCUUGGAAGUGAUCAAUCCUCAGAAAGGCUGUUUUCACAUAUUAUUGGCAAUAAUUCUCCUCAGGGUGUUGGCCAGAUUGACAUUAAUUGUAAAAAGUGUCCGAUUAUGAGGUUGUCUGUCACUGGAAGUUAGACUGCAAUAAUAUUAUUUGAAAGGGCUUCUGUACAGUUUUAGCCCUCUCCCCCUAACCUUCCUUAUCAGUUAUUUUAUGUUCGUAUAUUUUGCUCAGAUUUAAGGCGUGAUUUUACAAGUCAGAUAACUCUCCAAGUAUGUUUUUUAUGAUAAUUAGUGUAAGAUGGUCAUAUCCUGGGUCUUCCAUUGAUACAUGUAGGUUACAAUGCAUGUGUAUGGUUUGGUUAUUGAGGGGAAGAUGUAAUCAGGGGAUAGUAUCUUCAUUGUGACAAGUAUUUACUUGUUUUUAUCACAGUGUAAUCAGUCAGAGCUGGACAUUGACUCAGUGCGGUCAAUUCUGAGUGAAUAUCGCAUUGCUAAUGCUGAUAUCACAUUGAGAUAUGAUGCUAAUGCAGAUGACCUCAUUGACGUUAUUGAAGGAAACAGGCAAGUCAGUUUAACUUUCUAAAUCUGAUAGAAAAUAUGAGGAAAAUAACUUUGGCAGGACAAGCUUCUAAAAUCAUGAUUUUCUUACCUUUUUAGAGUUUGUAUACAGUCAACUCUCUCAUAGCGACCACUUCUCGUAAGCGACCACCUCCCGUAAAUGACCACUUUGAAAAUAACCAUUUUGUUUCUCAGACAAAUACUGUAUCAAAAACUCUCCGGUAAGUGACCGCUACUUAAAUUGCUUCACAACCGCGAUCACUUUUUAAACCAGACAUUUGACAUAUUCCGUUUCCCGCAAGUGUCCACCUGGCAUGAUCCAAAUGAUUGUAAGAACACAAUAGGGCCAUUUAUACGAGGAAAAAUAAGACGCAUCUUACAUAGGACGUGUCUUAAAUAAGACGCCAACUUUCCGUAUAAACGGCAUAUUUCGUCUAAAAUAAGACGCGGCUUAGCUAAGACGCGUCUUAUUUUAGAACAGCCCUUAACACCUGUUCUUAGAUAAGACGUGUCUUAGCUAAGACGAGAAAAACUUCGUAUGAAUGAACUUCGCGUCUUACAUAAGACGCGAACGCAUAGUAUGCAUGCGUUAAUUUUUGGCAUGCCACGUUGGAUUGCAGUUGCUAGGGGCAACAUUCACACGAAAACGAGUCAAGAACAGAAAUAAGACGCGAACAAUUUAUACGAGCUGUUCUCGUCUUAGAUAAGACAUGCUCGUAUAAACGGUACAGUUCGCGUCUCAUUUAAGACGCGUCUUAUUUUUCCUUGUAUAAAUGACCCUAUUAUAUUAUUGCUCGAAUUUCCACUUUGUCAUGCACCAAGGGUGGUUGCUUACAAGAGAGUUGAUUGUAUAAAGCUUCUUAAAUUUUGUCAAAUGUUUUGGAUUAAAAUGCAUUGAGAAUCAAGAUGAAUACUAAACAGAUUUUAAAAACAAAAAUAAUUAUUAUUGUUAUCAAUCAUGUGAUUCAUGGUUCCAUUUUAGUAACAUUUUUUAACUAUUAAAAUGAUAGAAACUAAAUUUGUGUUGUUUGUAGCCAUAACCUUUUCUUUUUGAUAGCUUUUGCAAUACUUUCUGCCAAAGAGCCAUCUAAAUUGAUCAUUCCUUAACUCAAUGUUUUCUUCUAAAUCCUGACUGUAUAAGUUGUGAUCCAUUGCCAUACUGAAUGCUCCCUUCCCUCAUUCAGUGGACAAUAAUAACUUUUGUUCUUCAAUCUUACUUGUUUGGACUUUUUGUCAUAGGGUUUACAUUCCAUGCAUCUACAUCCUAAACAAAAUUGAUCAAAUAUCUAUUGAAGAAUUGGAUUUAGUUUACAAAAUUCCACAUGCAGUUCCACUGUCAGCCCAUCAUAAGUGGAACUUUGAUGACUUGUUGGAAAAGACCUGGGAGUACCUUAAUCUUCUCAGAAUGUAAGUGACACAUUUUUGAAACAGGAAAGUUUAAAUUUGCUUUUAUGAAAUUUCCACUCCUAGAUAUGUGUUUGGUUGCACCUGUAUUAACUGACCACCCUUGGGAAAGGGACCAGUGGACCCUUAGUAAUACUAAUAUCAUUUUAAAGGUUGGCUGCUCAAUACAGGGUUCGUACAGAUUUUUGGAUAAAAAAUUCAAGACUUUUUCCAGAAUUUUUUCCUAAACAAUAUAUUUUUUUCCAGACUCAAGGUUAUCAAAUAGGUGAUCAAUAUAGACCUUGAAAAACACAGGAAGAAAGCUUUUCUGCAUGGUGCAUUGCAAAUAUACAGGCAAGACUGAGUAAGAUUUUACCAAAAGGAAAACAAAGUCACUUCUAACCUGUUGUAGUAUUGAAAAGGAAACUCAAGACUUUUUACUAUUUCUCUCAGACUUUAUCAUUUCAUUUAUUGGUUUUAUCAGAUAUUUACAAUUUUAUUUUCUCACUGGGCACCUACAAAUAGCAAAGGCUAGUCUAUCCAUUUUCCAGACUUUUUCCAGGUCUGGAAAAUCACUGGGCAAAUUUCAAUUUAUUUACUGUCAAUUUUUGUCAGCCGGUACUCUGAUAACUGCAUGCUGCAAAGUAAAGGUACCGCGUAAUAGAUGUUUGACAGUUGUUUAUUGUGAAAGAUUAAAUUCUCUCACUGAUGAUGUAAGAUUAAGUUUAUGAAUAAUGAACAUAUUUAAGAUGACAGCUUUUCAUGACAUAUUUUUUACCAACAUGGUACAGUGUGGUAGCAAAAAUGGGAUUGUUAAAAAUACUUAGUCUUGUGUCAUCAGUUAGCUUUGUUGCUCUAUGUUUUGCACUGUAAAUGAUUAUUUUGUUUUAGUUUUUGAUUUAGGUCUCUUACUAAACUCAGGAACGGAUUAGAAAUUUUAUGCUGUGUUUCUCAGCAAGACUUUCAACAUUUUAUUUUUAAGUACAAAAUCUUUCCUUCAUUAUAGAUUAAGUACCUACGACAUUUACAUGUUUUUUUCAGAUACACAAAACCAAAAGGUCAGCUACCAGAUUAUGAGUCACCAGUUGUACUGAAAAAUGGACAAUCAUCUAUUGAGGAUUUUUGUAAUUCUCUUCACAAGAGCAUCAUGAAGGAAUUUAAACAGUAAGAAUUUUGUUUAUCAAAGGGAAGUAUUAUUGUUGUUGAUUCAGCUUCUGAAUAAACAAUAGUUUCUUGAUAUUGUGGAUGGGUGGGAUGACUAAUAAUUAUUUAGUAAUGAUGUACAAUCGAACCUCCCAUAAGUGACCACCCAAAACGCAAAGACUGAGUGGUUGCUUGUGGGAGGAGGUAGUUUACAAGAAUCAAACCACAGGGGGCCUCUUCUGAGAAGAGGCCCAGGCACAUCUACUUCAUGGAAGAAUGUCUAAGUUAGGACAUGUGUAGUUCCAUGUUGUCUCUAAAGUUCUUCGUAUAUUCUAAGUAGCAUAGUGCACACAGUGAUCAGAGAAUGCGUUAAGCUAUACCUUUUUGGUGGUACAUACAAUUUGAUUCUUUUAUCAAUAACUUUUGUUGCAGUGCACUAGUUUGGGGUUCAUCAGUGAAAUUCAGUCCACAGAAAGUUGGCAAAGAACAUUUCUUGCAAGAUGAGGAUGUUGUUCAGAUAGUUAAAAAGUAA